GAGGAGCCGGAACGCCGCCGCCGCCGCCGCUGUUAUUCCAGCCGCCGGACCUCGGAAUCCCGCGGGGCCGCCGUCGCCAUGAGGCGCUGAGAGCCGCGGCCCGCAGGAAACCCCGCUCCGCCGCCCCCGCCUCCCAGCAAGCAGUCAAGCCGAGAGUCGAACCUCGCCUGGUCGCGCGUUCGCUCCCUCCCUCCCUCUCUCGCCCGCGGCCCCGUCCGAGACCAUGUAAACCGGAGACCGGCUAAAGCCCGAAGGCCGGCCCCGAAGAGCGGGGAGGGCGCCGGAGCUGCUGGCUCGGGAAGGCCCCGCCGUGCUCCGGAGCGUGCGUGGGUUGGGGGGGAAGAACAUGGCGGCGUCUAAUCUCUUAAAGAAUAAAGGAUCGCUUCAGUUUGAAGACAAAUGGGAUUUUAUGCGCCCAAUUGUUCUGAAGCUUUUACGGCAGGAAUCUGUUACUAAACAACAAUGGUUUGAUCUAUUUUCAGAUGUCCAUGGAGUUUGUUUGUGGGAUGAUAAAGGCCCAGCAAAAAUACAUCAGGCGUUGAAAGAAGAUAUCCUUGAUUUUAUUAAGCAAGCACAAGCGAGAGUGCUGAGCCACCAAGAUGAUACUGCAUUACUGAAAGCCUAUAUUGUAGAAUGGCGUAAAUUCUUCACACAAUGUGAUAUCUUACCCAAGCCAUUUUGUCAGUUAGAGAUCACUCUCAUGGGUAAACAAGGCAGCAAUAAAAAAUCCAAUGUAGAAGACAGUAUUGUACGGAAGCUCAUGCUAGAUACCUGGAAUGAGUCCAUAUUUUCAAACAUAAAAACUCGCCUUCAAGACAGUGCAAUGAAGUUGGUCCAUGCUGAACGUUUAGGAGAAGCAUUUGACUCUCAACUUGUCAUUGGUGUUAGAGAAUCUUACGUUAAUCUGUGUUCCAAUCCCGAUGAUAAACUCCAGAUUUAUCGGGAUAAUUUUGAAAAAGCAUACCUAGAUUCAACAGAGAGAUUUUAUAGAACUCAAGCCCCUUCGUAUUUGCAGCAGAAUGGCGUACAGAACUAUAUGAAAUAUGCAGAUGCUAAAUUAAAGGAAGAAGAAAAAAGAGCACUACGGUAUUUAGAAACAAGGCGUGAAUGUAAUUCUGUAGAAGCACUGAUGGAGUGCUGCGUGAAUGCUUUGGUGACCUCCUUUAAAGAGACAAUUUUAGCUGAAUGCCAAGGCAUGAUCAAACGCAAUGAAACUGAAAAAUUACAUUUAAUGUUUUCUUUGAUGGAUAAAGUUCCUAAUGGAAUAGAGCCUAUGUUAAAAGAUUUAGAAGAGCAUAUUGUUAAUGCUGGAUUAGCAGAUAUGGUAGCAGCUGCGGAAACUAUUACUACUGAUUCUGAAAAAUAUGUAGAACAAUUGCUUACACUGUUUAAUAGAUUUAGCAAAUUAGUUAAAGAAGCUUUUCAAGAUGACCCAAGAUUUCUUACUGCCAGAGAUAAAGCAUAUAAGGCAGUUGUUAAUGAUGCUACAAUAUUUAAACUUGAACUACCAUUGAAACAGAAGGGUGUUGGAUUGAAGACACAACCAGAGUCCAAGUGCCCAGAGUUACUUGCAAAUUAUUGUGAUAUGUUGUUAAGAAAAACACCACUAAGCAAAAAAUUAACCUCUGAAGAAAUUGAAGCAAAACUUAAAGAAGUGCUAUUGGUACUCAAGUAUGUACAGAACAAAGAUGUUUUUAUGAGAUACCACAAAGCUCAUUUAACAAGGCGUCUUAUAUUGGAUAUAUCAGCAGACAGCGAAAUAGAAGAGAACAUGGUUGAAUGGCUGCGGGAAGUAGGUAUGCCAGCAGAUUAUGUAAAUAAAUUGGCAAGGAUGUUUCAAGAUAUUAAGGUAUCUGAAGAUCUUAACCAGGCCUUCAAGGAAAUGCACAAAAAUAAUAAACUGGCCCUCCCAGCUGAUUCUGUGAAUAUUAAAAUUUUAAAUGCUGGGGCUUGGUCCAGAAGUUCUGAAAAGGUUUUUGUAUCACUGCCAACGGAAUUAGAAGACCUUAUCCCCGAGGUUGAAGAGUUCUACAAAAAGAACCACAGUGGCAGGAAGCUUCACUGGCAUCAUUUAAUGUCCAAUGGAAUUAUAACUUUCAAGAAUGAAGUUGGCCAGUAUGACUUGGAGGUUACUACGUUUCAAUUGGCUGUGCUUUUUGCAUGGAAUCAAAGACCUCGAGAAAAAAUUAGUUUUGAAAAUCUUAAAUUAGCGACAGAACUUCCAGAUGCUGAGCUUAGGAGAACUUUAUGGUCUCUUGUAGCAUUUCCAAAGUUGAAACGUCAAGUUUUACUGUAUGAACCUCUAGUCAAUUCACCCAAAGACUUUACAGAGGGAACUCUCUUCUCAGUGAACCAGGAGUUCAGCUUAAUAAAAAAUGCUAAAGUUCAAAAAAGAGGUAAAAUAAACCUUAUUGGUAGACUGCAGUUAACAACAGAGAGAAUGAGAGAAGAAGAGAAUGAAGGGAUAGUCCAGUUAAGAAUAUUACGAACCCAGGAGGCUAUCAUCCAAAUAAUGAAAAUGCGGAAGAAAAUUACUAAUGCUCAACUUCAGACUGAAUUAGUAGAGAUAUUAAAAAAUAUGUUCUUGCCGCAGAAGAAAAUGAUAAAAGAGCAAAUUGAAUGGCUUAUAGAACACAAAUAUAUCCGAAGAGAUGAAUCUGAUAUCAAUACGUUUAUAUACAUGGCAUAGCCUAAGGAUUUACUGGAAAAUGUCAAGAAAAUGUGCAUUGGGAGUGGUUUGGGCAGAAAAAAAAAUACAAGAAGACUGUGCUGUAAAAGGACUUGACCUGCAUUACUUACUCAAAUUCCUGCCUUACGUUACCAGAGGACUUUAUUUUGUCAGUCAAUCUCUCUCUCUCUCUUUUUUUUUUUUCGUUUGCAUGAUGGUGUUCCCCUCAUCUUGUGCACAAUUUUAACAGCAUGCUGGUUUUGUGCGGAAACAACAUUCACAGAGAGCCCAUUGUGAGAAUGUUAGGAUUUGAUUUGCACCUGGAAGAGAACAGAAUCUGGGAUUUUUAUAUUACAGAAUUUGCACAAAGAAAAAAUUUUCAGAUAUUCAUGCACUGAAAAACUUGCUAGUUUUCAUUUUCACAUAAAAAAGAGAGAAGCAAAUAGAUUAGAUGUAGCACUUCAUACUUUGUGUUUUGGAACAACUGUCUAAAUGUACUGUCCUUUUGAUCUCUCCCAUGUAUAAUAUUUGAACAACACACAAAUGCAUCACAUCUAUAGAUAUGUAUUUAUCUGUUAGCUUAAACAAGUGUUUCAGUAUGAAAAUUGGAUUGGAAUACUGGGAUACUAGUAAUUCUAACAGGAUAUAUUACAUAUGUCACAUAGUUUGCUUCAAUCCCCCUCUUUUUUAAAAAUAUUCACUUUAUUCAUGGAAAGAUGUGUUUGUAGUGUAGUGGGAAAAAAUAUUAAAUGUAUUUGUUUAUACAUUUAAUACUGGCAUUCACUAUUUUAGUAUGCUUGAAGAAAAGUAAUGCAUUAAACAUAACCAGUACACAGUUCUCUCAAAAUAGUAACAUUUUGACAAUCCUUAUAUAUACCUUUAUUUAUUUGAAAAUAACUAAACUUAUGUUUUUACAUGUAAUUAUACUCUGAAGAAAAAGAGAAAGCGUGGAAGAAGGCAUGUCUUUUUGUCCAGUUUGACCAGAUAACAGAUUAAUCAAUCACAUAGGCUGUACCUAUGUGAUUCUACCAACAACAGUUGCACCAUAGCCCCGUAAGUUUAGUGGGCUUGUAUGUAUCAAGUUAUGUAACAAACCCACCACUAGUUGAAGCCCCUUUUCUCUUUUCCUUUAAAAAAAAAUCUGCCUCAGAUUUAAGUGAAGAAACACAUACUAAGGCUGUGAAAUAUAGUUUAUAGUCUAUAGAGAGCAAAAAGAGACAGAACUUCAGAUUAAAUUAAAUGCUAGUAAAGGGACUCCCAAGCUUUUAGCUUCUCUAAAUGAUUUCCUACUGUGCCAUAUUGCUAGCACCUCUUUGCAAAACUACAUUAGAAAUUUUAGCAAUGCAUAUGAGUUUUCUUACCUUUCGGUUGUUACAUUAGACUAUGGCUGCUAAUUGGUAGAAAAGUAAGAUCAAGACAGACCGUAAUUGUGGGCCAAAUGAAUUUAACAGGCUGUAUUUUACAUAACAGACAGUGCCAGGAAUAUAAUCCAGUGGAAAUGGAAAUCGGUUUAAGCUGUAAGGUUUUCUUUUUCUGAUUUCUCAUCUGUACUCCCUUGUAUACAAUCUUCCUGAGUAAAUUCUUAAAGAGUGCAUGACAUGUCCACAGGGGAAGGAAAAUUCGUCCCCUCCCCCAAAUUGGAAACUGAUCUUUGAAUUCUGCCUCAAAAUCUUGCACUGAUGCACAGAUGCAGAUUAUAACUACCAACUGUAAUGAAUGUCCCAGGGCUAGGUUGAGAGAACCCUACCAUGGUGCAGUGGAGAAUUACAGACAUUCAUGGUUAUGGAAAAAAAAAAAAAGCAAGUAAAUGAAGACAGGGUGCUGACCUGAAGUUUCAUCUUCUGUACUUAUGUGCAUUUUUUAUUACUUGUAGAACAGAGAUUAAUAUUUUUUAAAGUGUUCGCUGCAAACUUAACAUAGGAUUGUUAAAAUUUCAAUUUCAAAAUGUUGUGAAUAAAAGUCAGAAAAAAGUUGUAUAUAUUAUCCAACAUUCAAUAUAUGCUAAAGGAAAGAAAACUAGAAUUGAUUUACCAAGAAGUCUUUUGUACAUGCUACAAGAUUUCUAAAACUCUGCAUUUGAUUUGGAAAUAAAGUUAGAAAUGGGUAGAAAAAGACAACAAGUUUUUUUUUUUAGAAAGUAUGUACAUAUUUCUAAAAUUCUUUGGUAGAGUCCUUUUGACUUAGCUUCCUGUUAUUUCGGCUGUGAAAGGAGGAGGCAUGCGGCAUUGAAUAUCCAACCAGCCCUAAACCUCGUAUUUAAUGAUGUUCAAAUGCUAGCAGUCUUUCAGAAUGAUUUCAUUUCUUAACAGGGCAAGUCUUUUAAAAGUUACAUUUUGUGUCUGAUUUCUAACUUCCUUUAGGCUUAAUGAAUAGCUCUUCAGAAUUACCUCUCUCUGCGCUUCCUUCUGCCUCUUGGAAACAGAGAUAACUGAUGCAGUGUAAGAGAUUAUUUUUUUGAAGGGAAAAUUGCUAGACACCCCAGGUAUACAUGGAAUCGUUUUAGGAGCACUCGUGCCUGGAUGUUGCUAAUGGAAGACUUUUCCUUAUUUACAUUAAAAACAUUGAGUACUCAUGUCUUACCUUUUAUACCCAUUUCAUUCAUAAUUUAAGUGGGUUUAAAGCCAGAAAAUAGAACAAACAGUACGCUACAAACCUAGUUUCAGUACUUAUGCACAUUGGAAUACAUGCCAUGUAAAACAUGAUUCAAAACACACACCAGCAAUUUUCUUACAGCUGCAGCAUCACAUUUAGCAUUUCUGCUCGGACACUUUCAACAAGAUGCCCUUAAGGCUAACUUUGUUGUGAAGGGAGCUAUAUAGGGUUUAAAAAUAUACGCAGAAGUGUGGUGGAUACUUUCACAUCUAAAAGUAAAUUAAAUCCCGGUAAUCAGUCCUUGCAAUAUGGCACUUUUCAAGCUGAUUUUUUUAGCUUUGGAUUAUUUUUUUUGUUCCCGCCAAAGACCUAGAAUAAAGAGGUGCUGCUUCUAGGGGGGGAAAUGUUGCCACAAGCAUUGCCACUGUGGUUUGUAUUAGGUUAUAUUCUAAAUGUGAAAAAUAUUCUAUGAAAAAUAAUGUGAGUUGCAUUUGAUUUUAACUACUUACAAAAUGUUUUGUCACAACUAAUGAGGUUCGUACUCUACUUUGAAGUCUUCCAUUUUUUUCUUAAUCCCAUUGAUGUCUUUGUGUACUAUCUAUUCAUUUAUUGUUUUUCUUGGAGCAUAGUGUAGUUAAAUUUAAGUUGUAGUGGUGGUUCUUUCUCCUUUCCCUGUUUUUUUUUUUAAAGGUAACAUGACCUGAGUAAUCAUAAACUUUGGAUUUUAUUUGCAUUAUGGUAUCAGUUGUGGAAGGUACACAUAUAAAAAUACAGAGGGGAGAAUUUUGAUAGGUUCAUGGACAAAUUUUGGUAUCUUGAGUGCAAAAUUAUUUUCAUGGAACUAGUUGGAAUGCUGUGUUUGUAAAUUCAAGGUUCUAUGUGUGAAAUAAAACAGUACUCAAGAGCAUUUUUGUUAAUAGACUAUAUGUAGCCUGGAGUGCAGCGCAAACUUGAGUUUCCAAGGUUGUAAUAUCUAUCUACAUAUGGUAAUUUACAGUUUGAAUGUAUGCCACUACAUAUGAGAUAAUGCUGUACAAUUUUGACUGGUAGCAGUUUCUUGUAUGGCAGUCUGGCUGAACUAUUUUGAUGUACUGCUUAAUUUUUGGAUUUUAUUUUUUAAGUUGUAUAAUUUAUUUUCAUGCAAAUAAAAUGUAAUAUAAAAUA